AUGCAACAUAUCAAGGAUCAACUAGCUGAACUACGACUCUGUCUUGCAGCAUUGCCAACAGACAUUCCUAUUCCGAAGGAGUCAAAGUAUAAAUUCUUGAACUUCACCUUAGACGCCGAAUGGACUGCAGACAUUGGCGAGGCUGCUGCCGUCAAUCAAGAACUAGAAGUCAGGUUGGGCAGUCGAGUCAAUGGCCUUAAACUCGUUGAACGAAGCCCAGAGAUGGAGGCCAUAGUCCAUGUUUUUGAAACAUGGAUGAAGAAAUUUCCGGGUGAUGUUAUCCUGGAGAAAUGGGUGAACGACACUCUCGAAGCUGCACUCAAGUUCUAUGAAAGAAAACCAGUCAAAGUCAAUCAUACUCAGAUACCCGAGAAACAAAAGCCCAAGGUUCAGAAGCUCGAUACGAUGGUCGCUCCUUCUGUCAAAUGGCGAGAUAUGUAUGCAACCAUCCAUGGUAAACCUGAGACACCCUUGACCGACAAACAUCAAGGCAGAUGUUCAGACUUGGAUGAUGAAGAUGGGGAUUGGCUUGAUAAUGGUGAUAUUGCGGGCCAUGUGGGUUUAGCUGGCGUGAAAAGCACUGAGUUCGACGUGGAUAAAGAUAUUAACAUAUCAUCCGCGUACCUCCUCGAUAUUUUGUCAGACCACACUCUACAGCCCACGGCUGCUUGCGGAGGUCUGUCAACACCAAAGGUGAUGGCUGCCACAACUUCAUCCUCGACACUGAUGGGUGAUGACGAGUGGGAGGAAUGGUGA